ACUCUCUCUCUCCUACUCUCCCGAGCUCCUCUUGUCCCAUCGACCUCGACUACCCGUCUGCUUCCCCAACUCUGCCAAUCCACCGGCCUCUCCCCGCCGCCGCGAAACCCUAGCUAGCCCCCCAAGCUCCCCGCCGUGGCCGCUGCGGAUGGCGAAGGCGUGAUCGGCGCGGACAGCACCCCGUCCCCGCCCGCAGCCCCGCAUCUGAUGUUCCUCUCCCGCAUCGUCCUGCGCGACCUCGACUCCAUCGACUCCCCCGCCUCCAUGGCCUCUUCCAAGAAGGUGGUGACCCGCGACGAGUGGGAGCGCAAGCUCCGCGACGUCAAGAUCCGCAAGGAGGACAUGAACCGCCUCGUCAUGAACUUCCUCGUCACCGAGGGCUUCGUCGACGCCGCCGACAAGUUCCGCGUCGAGUCCGGCACCCAACCGGACAUUGACCUGUCCACCAUCACAGAUCGGAUGGAGGUCAAAAAAGCGGUCCAGUCUGGGAAUGUUCAGGAAGCCAUCGAGAAGAUCAACGAUCUUAACCCCACGAUUCUGGAUACAAAUCCCCAAUUAUACUUCCAUCUACAGCAACAAAAGCUAAUUGAAUUGAUUCGUGUGGGGAAAAUAAAUGAAGCUUUGGAGUUUGCUCAAGAAGAACUUGCACCAAGAGGCGAAGAAAAUCAAGCCUUCCUCGAGGAAAUAGAGAAGACUGUAGCCCUUUUGGUUUUUGAAGAUGCAAAAAACUGCCCAUAUGGCGAACUGCUGGAUGUUUCUCAACGCUUAAAGACAGCAAGUGAAGUUAAUGCCGCCAUUCUUACAAGCCAAAGUCAUGAGAAAGAUCCAAAGCUCCCCAGCCUGUUGAAGAUGCUGAUUUGGACUCAAAACCAGCUGAACGAGAAGGCAGCAUAUCCCCGAAUCAAUAACUUGUCCACCGCCGCACUGGAAGAUCCAGCUAUAUGAGCUGCUGCUGAGAUGUUUAGGCAGCAGCAGCAGCAGCAAUGUCUGCCUGUACACUCUCUCUGUCUUAGGUCUGUAACUUGUUCGUUACCUGCAGUCUGCACCUGAACACGCUUCUUUCAUCAGUGUUCUAGCUCAAUGUAAAAAGAAUGACAUUUAUCCCGCUCAGCUGUUGUGUAUGAUGCAGAGGACGUUCUCGUGACAAUUUGAUCAGAUAUAAAUGUUGCAUUUGUUUUAUCA